AUGCCGCCGGCUUCCGAGCUGCACGAGCCGUACGAGAGGUAUCUGUACGCGGACCUGCGCCACGAGUUGUCCGUGCGCCACAUACGUGUUCCUCGUUCCGGACAGUGCCUAAAUACUCGCGUGGGCUUCAUUCACCUCCUGCGCGACUGGGACCAGGCGCAAACGCAGACCCCCGAGACUCCAAGGCGGACAUCACCUCGACGGACUCAGAACAAGCACCAGACUCAGAUGGCCUCUACUCGUGUCAGUCGAGCGCGUCGUGGCUGCCGCUUCCGCCUCAUCAACGUACUGCUGAGCCCAGAAUUCAAGCGGCGCUGGAACGAAAUGAUCUCACGCGGCGGCAAGAUGGAGGUGAACCGUCUCUGGAUGGACGUCCACGCCGCCUUCAUGGCGCAGAACUCUGCGCUGGAUGGAUUGCACUUCCAGGACGCCCUUUUCGUCAACGUCACGCCCAAUGUUAUCCUCGGACACUCGGCCGCGCGACUGCUGCAGAUGUGGAUCGAGAUAGUCAUCAUGUACCGCAACGCCGUGGCUCAAGCCAAAGAGGCGGCAUCUCACAACGACAACGCUCACUCGUUCUUUGAUUUUUGCGCUGGGAGAUUGGACCUGCUGUAUCUGCACAUGGCCAUGCUGCUGGAGCCCAAGCUUUACGACUUUGUCAUGUCAGACAAACUCUCUAAUGCGGAGCCUUUUAGCAAAAUUAAGACUAAGCCCAAGGCAGUGGUGAAUGCUACUGAAGCUAUACAAGCAAAAACUGCCGAUAGUAAGCCAGGGGCAGCGAUUAAGGCGGCGGCAGCGAAGGCUAUAUCUACGGCUCCAGUUUCUACCGCCAAGGAGGCCGUGGCUUCUACACCUGCUCCGAGCAAAGCAGCGGUGGCGAAUCCCCUUACUCAGUUGAAAUCGUCCGGAGUGCUCACACAGAAUCCGGAGAUGAAAGAACCUCUCUCGCCCGCCAUGGCUAAGAGAUCCGUAACAACGAAGACGGCUGCAGCCAAAGUCAACAAGUUAACUAUUAAAGCUAAAAGCAAGCAGGCAAAGCCAGAAGAAACUCACCGCACAGGGCGUUCCGGCUUGAAGAAGGCUAAGGAACCUGGAAGGUCAAGUUAG